UCACGAAGCAGCGUAGCUGGGCAAAGAUGGCGGCGAGCUCCGAUUUGCUGUAAGAUGUUUUGCUCAACAACACAGCGGCGGACGAAAAAAGUAGUUGGUGAUACAGUGUGAUCUCUGGAGUGUUCUCUAUGAAGCCGCCGUCAACACAACUGUGAGGGCUCAGUCUGCGGCAAAUCACACUGGCUGCGCAGCUGUGUAAAGUAACGUUAAUACAAAUGUUCAGGGCAGCAAAAUGGGACUUUCACAACAAGAGCUUAAAGCAGGGGGUCAGGGAGGUGUCAUUAACAGUAGGGGGUCCCUCGAUUCAAGCAUGGAUGGAGUAGCCGCCGGGUCCACAUCCACAGCCGCUCAGAGUCAGCCCAAGACAGUGACCACCAGUGGAGUCGUCACGGCAUUAUCCGAUGCAACAUCUGUGAUCGGAAAACCCGGAAUGACUGCUCUUCAAACUUUAAACGGGAGCGCUGUGGUGAUGAACUGUCACCCCCCCGGAGGAGCGUCUGCUGACAGCAGCGGGGACAGCUCUCAGUCCGCUGGCACGCUUCUAAACAACGGACCUGUUUCUGCAGCACCUACAACUAUUAUUCGAACUUCUUCUCUGACUCCUCUGACAGCUGUCAUUUCCUCUCAGCCCCCUGUCAACAACGUACCCACGGUCACGCUUGUGAGGACACCUAUGCAAACUCCUACCAGCACCGUACAAAGCGGAGGGAACCCGACCACGGUUUUAACAUCACCAGUCGUGAGUGUCACGAGCACAACGGGCUCUAUUGUCAACAAACUGGACCCCACAAAAAGUGUAUUUCAGACUAGUGGACACACAGCGACAACAGCGACCAUGAGGAGCCCCACUGUGCUGCAGAACUUGAGGACCUCUGUGCCGUCGACCAUCGCUGCGACACCUCCUGCUGGGAUCCGGGCUAUCGCUCCACAGGUGUUCGCCCCUCGGCUUCCUCAGCCGCAACAAAACGCCCCAAACAUCCAAAACAUCCAGCUUCCACCAGGUAUGGUACUGGUCCGCAGUGAGAGUGGCCAGCUGCUGAUGAUUCACCAGCAGACCUUGGCUCAAAUGCAGGCACAGUCCCAGUCCCAAAGCGCCAUGACACCACGACCAGCAGCUCCCACCAGCACUCCACCUGUCCAGAUUACUUCUCUACAGGCCCCAGGCGCAUCUCUGCUGCCUCGACCAGUUACUCCCACUGCCAUUAUUAAACAAGGUUCAACUGUCCAAACCACUGUGACAUCCACCACCACUCUGCAGAGGCCUCCUGUGCUCCAGAACACCAUCAUGCUGGGAGGAAGUGCCACUGCCCCAAGACAGGCAUUGGGCACACCCAGCACUGUGCAGCCCGGAUCUGCAGCCACAGCAGUCACACAGAGGGUAGGGUCGCUCACAGCCCCUGGGACUCCUGUCACUCCAACAGCUAUCACAGCUGAGACGCUAGAGAAUGUAAAAAAGUGUAGAAACUUUCUGUCCACGUUGAUCAAACUGGCCUCCAGUGGAAAGCAGUCCUCUGAGACUACAGCCAACGUCAAGGAGCUGGUCAAACAACUGCUGGAAGCAAAGAUAGAACCUGAAGAUUUCACCAGUAGGUUAUACAAAGAGCUCAACUCCUCACCACAGCCGUACCUUGUGCCUUUCCUCAAGAGAAGCCUCCCAGCGCUGCGUCAGAUGACCCCAGACUCCGAGGCCUUCAUCCAGCAAAGCCUGCUGCCUCUGCCCAGCACUCAGCCUGCAGCAGCAGCCUCCACCGCCCUCACUGCUGUGGUGCUGCGACCUCCUCUCUCCACCACCGCCACUACCACCACAAGCACUGCCGCCACCAAAACCGCAGUCAUCAGCCUCACUCAGACACCUCACAGUAAACCUGGACUGAUUGUCCCCCAGCAACAGGGGACCAUGUUGAGGCAGCAGGUGACGCUGGCUCAGUCUCCCAUGGUAACGCUCAGAGGACAACCUCACAACCGGAUCAUUGUGAGCCAGCCACAGGUGGUAAAGCAGCUACACACAGGAGUGAAGCAGACGCUUGCUACAGGGGUCAAAGGAGUACAAAUACUGAACCAGUCUGCACUUACUACUGCCCAGAAGUACAAGCUGAAGGAGGCAGGGGGAGGAACCUUCAGGGAUGAUGAUGAUAUCAACGAUGUGGCCUCCAUGGCAGGAGUCAACUUAUCAGAGGAGAGUGCUCGUAUCUUAGCAACCAACUCAGAGCUUGUAGGUGUGGUGAUGCGUUCCUGUAAGGAUGAGAGCUUCCUCUCCACCUCUUUGCUCACUCAGAGAACCCUGGAGAUUGGUAAGAAGUUUGGAAUCAGUGAGCUAGGCACGGAUGUAUUAAAUUACAUUGCCUACGCUACACAGCAGCGGCUACAAAACCUGCUGGAAAAGGUGUCACAAGUGGCACAGCAAAAGAACAUUACCUUCAAGGAGGAUGGUCGGUACGGGCAGGUCAGCGAUGUGCGAGCGCAGCUUAAGUUCUUCGAGCAGCUGGAUCAGAUGGAGAAGCAAAGGAAGGAAGAGCAGGAGAGGGAGAUUCUCUUAAAGGCUGCCAAGUCUCGGUCACGGCAAGAAGACCCCGAGCAGCUCAGACUCAAACAGAAAGCCAAAGAGAUGCAGCAGCAGGAGCUGGCUCAGAUAAGACAGAGAGAAGCCAACCUAACGGCGCUGGCAGCAAUCGGUCCGAGGAAGAAGCGGAAAACAGACUCUCCUGUUGGGGGUGCCAGCGCAGAGGGCUCAGGGUCAGGACCCUCCCAGCCUGGAGCAUCCAGUGGAGCAGGCUCCAGACAGUUUACACGCCAGAGAAUCACCAGAGUCAACCUUAAGGAUCUGCUCUUCUGCCUGGAGAACGAACGAGGGACCAGCCACUCACAUCUUCUAUAUAAAGGCUUCCUCAAAUAGUACCUGGGUUGAAAUGACUAGCCUUGCUCAGUGGAGGAGAUGGAGUCGACAGGCUCUGACCCUUUGUGCAGGUAUCUCCUGUAAUCACCCACUGCUGACUGAAAUGUGGGCAGAGAUUCACCCAGAAUACUGAGAAGACAUCCGCUCUCUCAUCCCUCCUUAAGCACAGGCCUUUUGUAUUGUUUUUUGCGCAGAGAUGGAGAAAAAGUUGGACCUCAGCCCUAACUUCAGCUUGCCUCUCAGCGUGCUUGCCCUUUGGAGACCAGUCGCACCCACACUUUAAUCAUGCCUCUGCCUCCUGCUAAACACAGGCAAACCUACUUUAAACUGAACUCAGCAAUUCAGACCUGAAAACCUUAUUUGGGUAAUUUCACUGACAACUUUGUAGCUGCAAAUCUCUGUGAGGUUAUUCCAUAAACAGCCUGAUUUCACACAAACUGCACUGACCGUUUCAUCUAGAAUGCUCUGUUUACGCUUUAAGCAGAGGGUUUGAUUUAUGAAAACUUUAUGGCAGAUUUUAGCCUGGUUUAAAAACCUGUGGAUUUUUUUUUAUUUUACAGAGACUUGUCUUAAAUAUCUUGUCAUCUGUUGAGUUGCCUUCUUACCAAAUUAAGCCAUAUGGAUAAAGGCCAAAUUCCACCAGAUCCGUCUCCAGUCUGUGCCCGGUUUGUGUCCAAUCCUUCACAGCACCGGAACAAAUAGGUUUCUGUUCUAGUCGAUGUGUUAACUUCCACUGGAUCCGCUCCGUUGCGUUGCUGCGUCUCUGAUCUGGCAGGUCGGAACGCAAUGGAUCAGAUACCCAAGACUUGUAUUUUUGCUGGAUGCUGGAGCAAGACGCAUCAAUCUCAACAGAGCAGAUUGAGCGGGACAGGAAGUCAGGCACCAAAACAAAAUGCCAAACAGAACAGAACAUCCGGUUAAUAUUCAGAAUAAACAAAAUGUAAUUUAGAGCAGAGUCAGGCCUGGAGUCAACAGGUCAGAGGUUUUCAGAGGACCAUAAAGACAACCUCGGUCACAUGACUCCAGCUGUCCGGCGGUCCUGCUCCGUGCUCGGUCCGAAAACUCAACAUGUGGGUGUUGACGGACGAGAGAGCACGGAGCCGGACCGCAGCGGAUCGGAGCCGGACUGGACUCGGAUCUGGUGGAAGUCCUGUGUUAGAAUGACUGAUCAUUUGCAGUAACAGCAUCUAUCCUACCGCUCCUCUCAGAUCUGUAGGAUGUGUGCUUUCAUUGUUUUGUUGUGUGCUUUCUUUCUGUCCUCAUCAUUCAAACAAAGAAGAGAUUACUUGUACGUCGUGGUUUGUGCAUGAUCUAAUCCCAGGUGUUGGUGUUUGAACUCCUGCUGCAGUAGCCCUUGUACAGUCAGAGUCCCUGACACAUUGGCUGAAAGAAAGACUCCACUUUUCACUCAGAUUGUAGCAACAUCGACUUUAAAGACUAAGAUACUUCACAUUGCUAUCAAUCAUAUCUGGAGCAUCCAAAACUCAGCGGUUCUGGAUGAUACCUUCAUGGAUCAUGUACAAUUUGAUGUUAAAGAGAUUCUUCUUCUUUACAGCGAAUAUCCUUUAAACAGUCAUUGUUGUGCCCAUCUAUUUUUUAUUUUAAAAGACUACAGCUUGUGUAGAGGGCUAAAUGUUACUGCCAGGUACCUUAUUGUCAGCUGCUUUAAAGGUAGAGGAAAAGAGAAACUUUUACACAUGUUUAGUUAUAAAAAGUUUACUGGUCUUUGACCUUCCUUUCACAUAUGUCACCAAAAAAACGACACUUUCUAGCUAAGUGGUGCCAUGUUUGAGUUUUUGGGUCUUUUUUGUACUAUUUUAAAAGAGAUUAGACGUAAAUAACUUUAGUAACUGAAAAAGAAUCAAAACUAGAAUGGCUUCACUUGGAAACAAAGUGAUUCUUAGUAAUGUGAAGUUUUCAGUGUCUGUAGCUUCAUCUGCUAUUAUGUGAACUUAAACAGUGAGAUUUCGAAAAAUGAACACCAACAAUGUUUAACGUCUUUUAAGUGAAUCAAGCUUUGUUUAAAUUUUUAUGUCCAGAUUUUUAUAUAUAUUAAAGAUGGGGUUCAUUUUUGGGUCAAAAUGCAGAUCAAUGGAUCAGUUUUUUUAAAAACAAGUCGAUUAGAAGAACACGCCCAGUUUAUAUGUUUUAUAUUUUUACUGCACAUACAUUUUUUUGAUCUUUAUACCUUUUUUGUCAUUUCAAAAAUGUUUUAUCUGCAAAUGUUAUUGCUGUACAUACUAAGGUUUGCUAUCUGUAGAUUUAAAUUCAAAUCAGACUAGUUUGUCUUAUUUUUCAUGGAUAUAUAGACAGAUAUAUGUAUGAGAAAUAAGACAGAUGUGAUGUUUUUUGCCAAUUUCUUGUACAUUUUGCACAUCUAUUUGUUUAUAUGUAAAUAACUGAAUCUAAAAAAGUUUUUAAUUGCUAUUUUACAAUCGAUUAAGAAAAUGGUCUUUAUU